AGGCACGACCAGUUCAGCCGAAACAGCCGAUUCCUUUCCUAGGUGACCUGAACUCAUCCCUUCCAAGACCAAACCAAAAACCUUAGUUAAUAAGCUAACCAAACUCUAGAACCCUCUUUCUUUCUUCAAUAUUCCCUUUUAAUUUAUUCAUCUAUUCAUUUUUUUUUUUGGGUAUAAAUAUCGAACUCUAGUUCUCCAUAAUCUCUCGCUUCUCCUUUCUUGUUCAUAUGUGAGUUUUACAGUUGAUUCUCAAUUUAUCAUGAGCAACGUUCCAAGGUCUUUAACAGACUCUUCUUUAACCCUUUUCAAGCUUGCUAUUUCUGCAUCUGAUCCUUGGCCUUUCUCUCUCGUUUUCUUGUAACCUUAAUAAUUAGCAGAUUCUCUCUCUUUCCAACAGGAACUAUAAGGGUUUUUCUUGUUUCUUGUUUGUUCUUGCUUUCGGGGUUUGCUGAAGACAAAUAAUGAGGAGUGGAGACAAACACCACGUGAAUUUCCACCUUCAUAUGCCGCACCUUCACGGCUUCCAUCACCAUGAAAAGAAGGACCUGAAAGAUAUUCCGAAGGGGUGUCUGGCAAUCCUCGUAGGUCAAGGGGAGAAGCAACAAAGGUUUGUGAUCCCAGUGAUCUAUAUCAACCACCCGCUCUUCGAACAGCUCUUGAAGGAAGCUGAAGAAGAGUACGGAUUCGAUCAGAGAGGCCCCAUCACCAUCCCUUGCCACGUCGAGGAGUUUCGCAAUGUUCAAGGCAUGAUCAAUAAAGAACAGCAUCACCAUCACCAUCAACAUCACAACCACCACCAUCACCACCAUAUCUGGUGUUUUAGGGUUUAAAUUAAUCGAUUCUGUUAGCCAUGUAAAUUUGUUUGAUCACGUUUUCUAGUUUUUACUUUUUUUUUUUUCGGUUUCUCUUUUCCCGUUCAAGUAUUGCAGAAAUCUUGCCCUGUAGAUGAUGGCGACGAAAAAGAUGAAUGACAAGAUUAUUCUUUCGCACAUAUAAAUAUCAUUUGGCUUCGCUUUUCUUUU